UCCCUCUCUCUCUCUCUAAAGUGGAAUCCUUUUCCCCUUCGUCUUCUUCAUCAUCUUCUCAAGCUCCGGUGAGUUAGCUGAUUACUGCUGUACAGGAAGACUACGUGUUAGGUAUGAAUUGCUUGGAAUAGAGUUAAAUGAAGACUCAAGGACUACUAUAUAUGAUAUUUGAAAAUCAAGACUUUUUUGUGGAGUAGUCACUAGAAAUUAAAAAAGGCGGUUUUAUCGCCAAAUUCUAAGUAUGGAGGGAAGAGAGGCGAUGGUGGAAAUCUUUGCGAGCGCAAGCUAAUUAAGCUCGUUGCAAUUAACUAAAUUCUUAUAUGAAGGACAAACAUUUUAAGUGCGGUAGAAAAGUUGGUUGUGCAAGAAGCGCUUGUGGGUUAAGACUGCGUGAAUCAAUCCUUCACCGAUCUUGCAUCGGUGGGAGCUUCAUACCUUCAAUGCACUCUUUUGAGAGCGAUUUCUUUUAUCGAAGUAUUCUUUGAGUAAUUCAAGGUCAACCAUAUAUUUGGGGAUCUUCUAUAAAUAUGGAGGAGUUUAAGGAGAAAGACGACGAAGUUUCUCAAGCGAAACACGAGGGAGAUGAACAUUACGAAGAAAAAGUAGGAAAUAAUUUCCCAAUUUAUCACAAUGACUUUAAUUUGCUUGAUGAGAAGGCCGGUAUCCUUUUCGUUCAAGGGAAGAAUUUCAUGUUAGGUUCAGAUAAUCACCCUCCAAAGACUGAACCAUCCAUAAGAACAAAACAAAUCUAUAAUAAAGAUGUCGACCGCGAACCACAUUCGCUUGAUAUCUCUGAAGAAUUUAGCAGAAACUAUAAAAGAAGUUCAGCAUCAACAUAUAGACCCACAAAAGUUGCUUUUUCUAUGGAUUUUGCAAGAAACAAAGAUAGAAAAUUGGAAUCACAUCAUAGAUAUUUGGGUGGUAAGCUCAGUUCCUCCAUUAAUGGUGUUUCCAAGAUCAACAAAGGCAAAGAACCAAUUGUUUAUGAAUCAGAAGAUGAAAGCAGAAGCUCUUCAAACAGGAGGGAUGUUGGCUGUGAGAACAACGAAUGCAUUAGCAGCCGGGGCAUAGUUUCAACCAUUAAAAGAGCGAGACUUCAUGACUCAGAGUCUGAAAAACUCGCCGCAGGUAAAAGGUUGAAAGGAUCGAAAAAUGGCAACUUUUCUUUUAUGAAUUGGAUGAGUUCUAUAACCAAUGGGCUGAGUAGACCUCAAGAUAGACAUAUGGAACCACCUUUUUCUUUUUCAGAAGAGAGAAGAGAAAGUAUUGGUGUUUCUCAUGGGAGUAGGGGGUUUAGAUCAAUCUUUCAUGCUGUAUACCACCCUGGAAACAGUGCACUUAGUGAUAAAAUUAAAAAUUUUGAUUGUCAGAAAGAGAUGGAUACUUCAAAAGGAGCCGAAGAAGCGAAAGCGAGUAAUGUCUCUUGUUGUGUGCUUCCUGAAAGAUUGAACUUUGGCGACGAUGAGAAAGAAAACAACUCUGCUAUAGUAGAAACCUUAGUUGGUAUUGACCCUAGGGCGAACGAUAUUGAAAUCCAUGAUAAAGUUUUGGCUUCAAGCAAUAGAUAUAUCAAAGAUAAUUGUCAAGUUAAAGGUUCUCCGUCUGCUGCAAUGGAUUGCCAUGCUGAGUUGACGGCGAAUAGGGGACAAGCUUUUCAUGAUAGCUUAUGGAUACCAAGACUUUCUCAAGGAGUUUCUUCUCCUCAAUUCAAGCCAAUAAAAUUCUCAAAUUGCUUAGAUUUAUCAGCUAAAAAAGUAAGAUUUAGUGAAAAACCACAGCACAAAUUAGUUUUACAUAUUGAUUCAGAUGGUUCUGUAAGGAUUUUAACAGAGAAACAUGAAUCCAAAUUACAGUUGACAAUAUCUCCCAAGUACUGCAAAAGACUGAAACCAACAAAUUCUUCUUUUUCACAGAGAUUUGAUGCAUCGAACCUUAUGAAAUCUUCGGAAAUUUGCAUAUUUUGUGGCAUGAAUGAUCAUAUUACAAGGGAGUGUUCCGAGGUGGUUGAAACCAAGUUGGAGCUGUAUCUGAAAUCCUUUUCAGUGUAUGGUAGCAUUAACAGGGAAUCAUGUCUUUGUAUUCUUUGUUUCCAGCUUGAUCAUUGGGCUGCUUCUUGUCCAAAUCCCUCCUCUGAAGGAAGCCAUAUUUCUUUCAUGGCUAAUUGUUUCAGUGAUGUUAAGUUCAAGAGUACAGCAAAGCAUAAACAUGUAAAUCCGUCGAUUAUGUUCCGGUCUGAAGAUAAGAUGUUUCUUCAUCAAGUUCUCAAUGGCAGCACUCUUUCUCAGAAAGAGAAUGAAACUAUAGAAACUGAUAUUGUGGUUGGUGAAGAGGUUAGAAGUGAAAAGAAUGAAGUGGCAGGCUGUGGUUCAAUCGAUUUACAUAUUUUUCGAAGGGAGGAUAGUAUUAAUAUGAAUAAAAUGAAGUUGUCGUCUUCUCGUCCGUCGGAAAAUGGAUUAAAGAAAUCUGAAUUCAAGACAUUUUGCAGUCGCUUGCCGACAACAAUAAUAGAUAAGCCAGAAGCAUUUUUUGUUGCUGUAAGAAAGCUUCGGUUGUCUCGCUUGGAUGUUCUAAGAUGGAUGAAAUCAAGGGCCCCCCAUUAUAAUCUUGGAGGUUUUUUCUUGCGCUUGAGGAUUGGGAAGCUAGAAAAAGGCUUGGAGAGCACGCGCUACCAUGUGGCUCGCAUUAAUGCUGAGAGUUGCCAAAGUUCCAUCUCUGUGUGUGUUGGAAGUUCAACUUACUUAAUCACUCGCCCCUUUAUUUCCAAUCAUGAUUUUAAUGAGGAUGAAUUGAUGGCAUGGUGGUUUCAAAGCUCAAGGGAUGGCACCAAAAUGCCCACAGCUGAAGAACUGAAUGACAAAUUCCAGCUAAGGUUAAGGUUUGGAUUCUAAAUAUUUUUUUUAUAUGUAAUAAAUGUAUAUAUGAGAAAUUUUAUAUAAUUGUAUAAAUAUUUGCAUUUUUUGUCUUGUUAAAUUUGUGAAAGGACCUGUGACUCGGUGAUGUUGCCGUGAUUUUGAGUUAAAAAGCCUGUAAUUACA